AACACAGUAGUAAACCUACAUCUCAUAAGCCUUAGAAUGAUCCCUGAGGCAGUGCGAGACAUCCUAAGAUUGAAGACAACCUUUACGUCGGCACAGAUCUGGAGCUUUAACCAUUGUACCUAAGGCAAGUUAGGUUCCCCAGCUAAACCAAAGUACUCCCAUACCAAAGCAACUUCAACCAAACUUAAAGCUUGAAUCUAUCAAGUGUACUAUACUGUAUAUUGUCGAAAAUGACACUGGAUAGCACACCUGGAGACAUGAGUGGGUGGAAGGAAGUGGACUUCGCUCUCAACUGCACCUACAUUGUUCCAGACCAGGUGGCAGACCCCAGCUUCAACUUGCCCAAAGCCAUGACCUCCAUCCCUCGCAACCUCACCUUUGAAUAUAGCACAGACAAUGAGGUGACAGGUGUGUUCAGCAAAGAGUACAUUCCACAAGGGACUCGUUUCGGCCCUUUGCAAGGAGAAAUCUACACCAAAGACAAUGUACCCAAGCUGGCCAACAGGAAAUACUUCUGGAGGAUUUAUAGCGGUGGGCAGCUCCAACACUUCAUUGAUGGCUACGAUGUCCACAGGAGCAAUUGGAUGCGCUAUGUCAACCCUGCCCGCUCUCUUGCCGAACAGAACCUGGUGGCAUGCCAGAACGGACGGGACAUUUACUUCUACACCAUCCGUCCUGUGGAGCCCAAACAGGAGCUGCUGGUCUGGUACAGUCCGGAGUUCGCCCAGAGGCUCUGCGGCCAGCAAGACGAUAUCAAACAGAAAUACACGAGUAACAAUGAAGACCAAGAGCACGAGUAUGUGAAACAGCACUUACCUCAGCAGACGUGGCUCAAAGAAAGAGCAAAGGAAGGGGUAAAAGACGGGAAGGACGGUGACACAGAAGAAAAGAUUGACGUGGAGAUGUUGGAGAGAGACACUCCACCUGACACACCUGAUGACCAGAUAAUUGACUUCAGCAAAAAAGAUGAGAAGGACGAUAAGGAUCCAGAAGGAAGGGGCAUCAUUCCUUCCCCUCAGCUGGAGCACAGAGAGCCCAGUCUGGGCUUAAAUCAUCCUUACUUGCCAGAUCACUACUCUACAUUCCCAGCUCCACAUAGGAAUUUUCCUCUUCACCUCCACGGGCUCUAUGGGCACAGGGAGGGCCUGGUGUCAUCUUACCCCCCAUUACAGUCCAGACCUCUCCAGCCCUCUUAUCAAUUCCUUCCUCCCUACAACCCACAUUAUCCUCGCCUCCUGCUCCCCCCAUACUCUCCUCCCUUUCAUGGGAUGCUGUCAUCGAGAGGAUCGCUCCAAUACAGCAGCUACCUCGGCGCUGACGGACUCCCGUAUCCCCCUAUCAGCGCACCUAAUCUUCUUCCAGUGUCUCUCUCCUACUCCCCAUCUCCACAAGGAGGUCUGAAAGAGCUAACACCAAAUAUUUCCCCGCCGAGAGGAGCCCCAGCCACUCCAGAGCUCUCCCCUCCCGCCAAGCCCAACAGCCACCAUCAGUCCCCUGAGCAGUCUCCCUCUGGCUGUGAGGAGGCUAUGAACCUAAGCCUGGCUACAACCAAAAGCAGCACUGCACCACGCAAUGGGCCUGGUCACAAAUCCCUGCCCUAUCCACUAAAGAAGCAGAAUGGAAAGAUCAAGUAUGAAUGUAAUAUCUGCUCAAAGACCUUCGGACAGCUGUCAAACCUCAAGGUUCACCUCCGAGUGCACAGUGGCGAGAGACCAUUCCAGUGUAACCUAUGUAAAAAGAGCUUCACUCAGCUUGCCCACCUACAGAAACAUCACCUGGUCCACACGGGAGAGAAACCACAUGAAUGUCAGGUGUGCCACAAGCGCUUCAGCAGCACCAGCAACUUGAAAACACAUCUACGACUACACUCUGGGGAAAAGCCUUACCAGUGCAAGCUGUGCAACACCAAGUUCACGCAGUACAUCCACCUCAAACUGCACCGCCGUCUCCACAGCAGCCGCGACCGUCCCUACCGCUGCCAGCUCUGCGCCCAGGCCUUUUUCCACCAUUUCUCUCUCUGCAUCCACCAGCGCAGCACCUGCCCAGCUAACUCCAGCACGCCUGCCAAUGUGCACAUGAAAGAGAUGGUGGAGCGGUUUGAUGCCAGCCAAGAGGCAGACGCGCUCACAGAAACAGCAUCAGCGUCUCAGGUUGGGGAAGCCGUCGAGCACUGGCUGGCUCGUACCUUAGAAGGUGAAGGAAAAGAAGACCAGAAGGAGGCCACCAUGCUGCUAAAAGCUCUGACUGCGGCUAUUAAUGCACCACUGACACCCAUGACCCAAUCGGCACCACACCAUAAUCCUCCUCUCGCCUACCAGGAGAGGGCCAGCGUCGUUCAUCUCCACAAACGGUCAUCUGUGAAAACAGAAGGACAGUGAGAAGGAAUAUAAAGUUGAACAUACAGCAUAUAAUCUACCAAGAAUAUGAGUGUCACCAAAUGAAAUCUCCUAAUGUGCCAUACGAGGCAUAACAAGGAAUAUUAACUUACCCAAUCCAAUGAGCACAACACCAAAAGAAGAGCAUUCCAAAGACUGGGUGAUAGUAUUCAGUGAUUGUACUUUCUCCCAAAACCUCAGUUAAAAAAGAUAAACAUGGGAGGUGUUGUUAAGCUGUGAAGUAUUUAAAAACCCUUUUACUCAGGUAGACGAUUGUUUUUUUUUUUGUGCUUUAACUUAUUCCUUUUUUAAAUGCCAUCAGCGUUAUUUAUUUAGUUGUUUCUUAGUUUGUUUUUUUCUAGUAGUAUUAUUUUUGUGUGUUUGCGUCUGUGUGUUGACGUUUCCAAAGAGAUUUUGAGCUCUUGGUAAGACCGCAAAUGGACUCAGGAACAACAACGUGGCACGAACCUGUGGAUGAGCCUUCAUUUGUUAUAUUGUACUGUGUGCGUUAUUUUCAGUGAUAGCACAAACCAGCUCCUAAUUUUGUCUGCGAUUGUCUUAUUUAUUUAUGAUAAAGGGAAACUUGAUAUGUCCUGAAACUGCGUGAGAAUAAGCAUUUGCCAAAAUUACAAUCAAAAAACAUGAAUAUGUAGCACUGUUUUCAGAUAGUUAUUUAACUCAUUCUUACAUUCUAAAGAGAUUCAGUCAAAGCAUUAUUCACCUCUUUGAUGAUUAGUUGCCAACUUGGAUAUCAAAGACACACCGUCCUGAUCAAACCAUAAUGUAGCCAAAAGAAACAAAAGACAAGAUUCAGUGUAAACACGGUUAUUUAAACAGGUUCCUCUGGAAACAAACAGGUUUUUUCUUUCUUACAGCUUUCUGCUGGAUUCAAACGUUUUACAUAUUUCUUACACAAAAGUUUCACUCCAGAUGUUACUGCAAAAAAAAAACCAAAAGAAAAAGAGCUUCAUCCAAAUCUUAACUGAAACAUUGGUACCUCAUUCAGCAAUACAAAAAAAAAACUAUGUGCAAACAAAGGGGCACAAUUUUCUAGCUUUUUAAUACUUUUGUAUUGUGGCACUGUAAUGAUAAUGCAGCGAUAUCUGUAUGCUUUUGCCUAAAGGUAACUAGGAACCAUUCUUUAAACCUUAUACUAUUGAGUUUCUUUGUUUUUAGUGCUUUUACUGUACAGUAUGUUUGUUUAUGUAGUUUAUUUUUGCAAACACGUUAUGAUAUGUUAAGAAUUUAUAUGUGAGAGACUAUUUUGAUGAUACUUUUAUAUUUACAUGAUGUAGCAUAUUAAAGCUAUUGUUUCUAUACA